AUGCUUCCAGCCUCCACGGGGAACCUUUCCACCUCUCUUAGAAAAUUUUACGCCAACAAUUGUAAAAUCAAAGGGCGCAUUCCAAAUGAAGUUGGGAACAUAAGCAGCUUAUUAGACCUUGAUCUUUCUGGAAAUAACUUGGUCGCAUCGAUUCCAACAUCAAUUGGCAACUUGAGAGACCUUCAGCGGUUCAACUUGAGUAGCAACAAACUUACAAGAUUUAUUGGAGAUCAUAUAUGUAAAUUGCAUUAUUUGAGUGCUAUUUACUUGGGUCAAAAUCAACUUUCAGGACCUCUUCCAAAUUGUUUAGGGAACGUUACUUCCCUUAGGGAGAUACAUCUGGGUUCCAAUAAACUGAGUUCCAAUAUACCACCAAGCAUAGGGAACCUUCAAGAUCUAGUGGUUCUUGACUUAUCGCCAAACAACAUGGUAGGUACUUUACCUCCAGAAAUUGGAAAUCUAAAGGCUGCAACACUAAUAGAUCUGUCAAUGAAUCGAUUCUCAAAUGGAAUUCCUAGAGAAAUUGGAGGAUUACAAACUCUGGUGCACCUUUCUUUGAGACACAAGAAGUUGCAAGGAUCUAUACCUGACUCAACGAGCAACAUGGUAGGUUUGGAAUUCCUAGACCUUUCUGAUAAUAAUAUAUCGGGAACUAUUCCCAUGUCUUUGGAGAAACUCCAGAACCUGAAGUAUUUCAAUGUUUCUGUCAACAAGUUAUUUAAUGUCCCGCCUUCCUCAAAGCACAGAUCAAAUAGGAAAAAGUUGCUACUUUCAUUUCUUUUGCUGGGAAUCACAUUGUUAUUUGGUCCUGCCACCGUUGUGUUUGUAUGGAUAAAGUAUCGAAGAGGUAAUAGAGCCCCUCAACAAGAAGAUUCAUUUUCAGCCAUGACACAAGAAAGAAUUUCAUACUAUGAACUGCUCCAAGCAACUGAUGCGCUUAGCGAGAGUAAUCUGAUUGGUUCUGGAAGUUUUGGCUCUGUCUACAAAGGCAAUCUCAGAAGUGGAACUGCCAUUGCUGUUAAAGUGUUCAAUUUGCAACUGGAUGCAGCAUUCAGGAGUUUUGACACAGAAUGCGAUGUUUUGCGCAGCUUUCGCCAUAGGAAUCUAGCAUUAAGGCUUUAG